GUCAUGCAACAGAUCUAGCAAUGCAUAUAGCUACCUUUUGUAUGUUUUUUUUUUUAAUAUGCCGCAGAUUAUUUUGAUACCUUUUGAUAACUUAUACCGCCUGUGUCCCCUACCGUCUCUGCCUGUUGUAGUCGUGCAUCAGCUCACGUGUUUUUGUAGGUCCCAAUCCUGUUUUAUUUCUCUUUUAUAUAGCGUGAGCUGUUCAGUUUUCAUGCUCAUCCUUCACAGGAGGGUUCAGCUUCUACAGAUGACCCUUGUGGACUGUACUCGUGAAAAGUUCUCGAAAUACGAGCAGUUGUUGAAUGAUGCUGGACAGAAACCUGAGUUUUGGGAUGUCGUUGUGAUUACUGCAAGAGAUGAUUCUCAGAAGAGCAUAUUUGACUAUCAAAUCAGUCUGAAGAAACAAAGGCAUGAAGUCCCAUCCUUCGUCAAAUACAUUGUGAUCAGUGAUCCUCCUGGAGUAAAAGUUGGAAGUGGUGGCUCAACCCUACACUGCUUAGAGUACCUUGCUAAUAAUUUUGGUCAACAUAGUCUUAGUCAAUGGAAGGUACUCAUUAUUCAUGCUGGUGGUUUUAGUCAGAGGUUCCCAAGCCAAAGUGUGCUCGGUAAAGUGUUUCUAACUCUACCCUGCAGCAAGUAUCCUAUACAGAUGUUGGAGGCGCUUCUAAUGAUGUAUAUAAGUAUUCCUGGGAAAAUGAACUAUGGCGUUUUUAUUGCUGCCUCAGAUGUUAUAUUUCUGUUCAACGAAAAAGGAAAUUGGGAUUUUAGAGUUCCUGGAUUUGUUGCCAUUGCUCAUCCUGCUUCACUCAAGCUGGCAAAAAACCAUGGAGUGUUCAUACUAGAAGAUAUGAUAAGCCCAUGGGGAAAGUAUAGAUCUGAUCCCUCGUCUCCUGCAAUGGUCGCAACACCAAAGUGUUUUUUACAUAAACAGACAGCAGAAGUGUUAAAACAUAAAGGUGCUGUUAUUCCUGAUUCGGACUUAAUUCAUACCUACCAACUGUCCCGAUCUGAUACAUCAAUCAACUUGCCACCCAUCAGUCUCCAGAUCAGUGCACUGAUUCAUCCCGCACCACCAGUGUAUGUUGAUCUUGCAUUUUAUUUUGAUGUACCCACAGCACUUAAACUUAUACAGUUUUAUGCAGGUGUAAAGCCAUUGAAAUGUGAACUUGAGGCUUAUGCAGACUUUUUACAGCCACUAGGAUCUGCUUCAAGUGUUGAUUAUUAUGAACAGUCGUCAUACCCUGAAAAGGCCAGAGUACAACAAAAGUUAUUUGGAAUUUUGAAUGGGACACCUUUUAAAGUAGUGAUUUUUCAUGAGGCACAAUUCAACCAUUUGGGGACAAUUUCUGAAUAUUUACAUCAUAUCUGUGGCAAUGCAACAUUAAGAAGUGCAUAUCAGUUUGCUAACCAUCAUGGUACAGAAUAUGGUGAUGCAGAAAGACUUGACUGCAGUUUAAUUCAUUCUGUUCUUGGCGAAAGAUCAUGCAUUGAAGCAGGUACUGUAAUUGAGUACUGCAUUUUGGAAGAAGGAGUGUCGAUUGGGAGAAACUGUCUCUUGAGUAACCUUCACGUACCAAUGAAUGCAGUGAUCCCCAGCAACACAUUUAUUCACACAGUGACACUGUUGGUACAGCACGAAGUGUUAUAUGCAACCUGUGUCUUUGGUGUUAAUGAUGACCUUAAGAGAACAUUACCUAGAAGCUGCGCGUUUGAAUUGGAGUUUCUUAAUCUCCCUCUGACCUCAGUAUUAGGUAUAGGCACAAGUGAGUGUACUACAGAUGACUUAUGGCCAGCAAAUGGUGACUGCAACCUUUGGACUGCUAAAUUAUUUCCUGCCUGUUCUAGCAGAAAACAAUCCUGUGAAGCUGCCCUUUUAACGAUUGCUGCAAUUAAAGAAAAUGGUUUAUUCACUUUCUUAAGAGGAUUUACAGUGCUUGUAUCCAUGGAAGAUGUGAUGGUGCUAAAAACAGGAACAUCUAUGCUAGAUUUUCAAUUAGGUUUACAAUCAAAAAUGUUGUCAUAAUUUGUACAAAUGAUUUUUCCUCUGUAGAAGUAUUUUUUUGCCAACAGCAGCA